UGGUUUUGCUUUAUAUACUGUGAUUUAAUAAGGAAAACACUAACGUAAGCCAGUCCAAGUGGUGUUGGUGGUACCAGUGCCAUGCUUUCCAUUGGUUCCUGUUUACAUGAUGCCCACAGGACACGCCGUGAUUGGUGGCUUCCUCACACGUGACCAGGCAACUUUGUACAUUUGACAGGGAGUAGGAGGGUUUUGUGGAGAUCAGAAAAACGACAGCGCGAUAAAAAUUAGUAUUGUUGCACUUCACAAAUUAAUGACCAUGAGUUCCUACUUGAUAAACUCCAACUAUAUCGAGCCUUCCUUUCCUCCAUGCGACGAAUAUCAGCAGAGCGGAUACAUCCCCAACCCUGGUGAUUACUACGAGCGGCCAAAAGAUACGGGCUUCCCCCAUCACGAAGAGCCAUCCUAUCCGAGGUCAAACUACACAGAAUCGGGAUAUGAUUACGGUAACGUCCCCGCCACCGGACUCGACGAUUUCAGCGAUGGGCACCACGCACAACCGCAACCAGUUCCACAGAGCCACGGACCUCGCCUCACCGCGGCCCCAGACGGUGGCGCAAAUGCCAGCAAAGACUGCAGCCUCGCCACUGAAGUAUAUCCCGGCGUAGCGAAGGGCAAGGAGCCGGUGGUCUAUCCUUGGAUGAAAAAGGUCCACGUUAGCAACGUCAGUGCCAGUUACAAUGGAGGAGUGCCCAAGAGGUCCCGCACUGCCUACACGCAGCAGGCUUUGGAGCUGGAGAAGGAGUUCCACUUCAACCGGUACCUGACCCGGCGCAGGCGGGUGGAGAUUGCUCACACCAUGUGCCUGUCCGAGCGCCAGGUCAAGAUCUGGUUUCAGAACCGGAGGAUGAAGUGGAAAAAGGAGCACAAGCUUCCCAACACCAAGAUUCGCUCCUCAAGCUCGGCCUCAGCCUCAGUUUCGGGGGCCCAACAGCAGCAGCAGCAGAUCAAAACAGGCCAGCAGCUUGUUCCCACGCCGUGCACCGCAGGUCUAUAGUGCAUGAAUGAACCCCAUCCCCGAAAACCCCAAUCCAGACUGAGAUGGCAAAUGACACAAGUGGAAUUUGAUGGACCGAUUCUCAGUAUUUUACACACACGGUGUUAUCUCUUUCACCUUGCCUCUGCUAUUGGGCCCCUGUCACGUCCUUUGUACCCUUUCCCUUUCCCGGCCGUCCUCGCCCUCUUCAUAUAAGCUUGAAAUUCACCUUUAAUUGCCACGGUGGCAAGCGAAGUGUUUAUAUAUUUGUUUAUUAUUAUGAAAGAAGGAUAACGCACAUCAAACUUGGAUGAAAUGUAUAAUUUCAGUUAAAAUUGAGUGAGGUAAAAGUAAGUUGACCUCAUUUUUCAGUGUUCUCUUUGAUAUUUUUUCUUUUUUUCUGUUUUUUUUUUCUUUAUUGUUGCUCAUGGAAAAGUUCUAAUAUACUUGAAAGAUAUUUAGCGAGACUCUAUAGAUGCCAGUUAGAAAACCCACACGUUUUUUUUAUUUUUUUUUAUUUUUUUAUUUUAGAGGCAUGGCAUCAGUCAGAGUAUAGCAGCGUAGUAUGUGUGUUUGAGUGGGUUGGUUUACUGUUGAAUGUAGUCCAGGUGACUUUCACAUCUAAUGUACAUAGACAAAUCACAAUGAUGGCACAAUAAGGAAAGCGUUUCGUCAAGUAAGUUUAUGUUUGUUGGUGUCGUAUGGUCUAGUUUUAUUUGUGCUAGUGCGUCCAUGUUUGUGCUGUGUUCUAAACUGUGAAUAUUUGUAUAUGUUGUCUCAGUAAUGGCCGUUGUGAUGUAGGCUAGUUUAGAAUAAA